GUGACUCACCGUGGAUUUCCCGAAAACAGGAACAGAAGUACAUCAGAUCCUGAAAGAAGAUCAGCAAAACAUCUGCUUCACAUAAUUUAUCAAACUCGAACUGAGCACUGCUGAUGUAGAAUGUUAUUGUACUAGUUAAUCUGCGAGUGAGUUACUGAGUUAAGCGGAAGAGUAGUAGUUUCGCUAAGUUUUUGGUUAAACCCGUUGGUUGGGGAUGAAAGCUAUAGAGGAUUAAUGUAGACACAAUUUGAUCUGGAAGAAACAAGCUAUCAUCUGCUUCAGUAUACUGAACUUCAAGAACUAAUGUGUGAUGUUUAUCCGUGAUGACGAUAAUGAUGAUGAUGGACUCGUCAGCUGCUCUUCAUCUCAAUCUCUUGACUCUGACUGUGAUGUUCAGUUUCAGUCUGUUGUGUGGGUUCAGUCCUGGGUUUUUCAUGAGACGAGCGGCUCGCUACACCUCUGAUCCAGGGUCUCGGCUCAGAGCAUCGAAUCUGGCAUCAUGUUUGUCCAGCGGUGUGUUUCUGGGCUUCAGUUUGCUGGAUCUGCUGCCUAAAUAUCUGACAGACAUGAGGGACACGUUCAGCCGUCUGGACAUCACUCUGCGGUUCCCCCUGUCGGAGUUCCUGCUGGCGAUGGGAGUUCUGCUGGUGCUGCUGGUGGAGCAGAUGCUGCUGGCCUUCAGAGAGCAGGUGUGUGUGUCGUCUGUGGAGAAGCAGACGCUGAUGGAGCGCACGCGUUUGUAUGUGGAGGACGGCCGCACUCACGAGGCUCUCCGUGUGUGUCUGCUGCUGCUGUGUGUGUGUGUGCGCUCUCUGCUGGAGGGUGUGUGCGCUGCGCCUCCUCCGCUGUGGUCCUGUGGUGCUGCGCUGCUCCGCGAGGGUCUGCUGGCAUUCGGGCUGGCCCUGCGGCUGGCUCCGGCGGGUCUGCGACGCGCAGCAGCAACCAGCGGUCUGGUGCUCUUCUGCUCCGCCAGGCCCAUUGCCAUAGGGACGACGAUGCUCAGGGGAACACUCGGCGAUCAGGCAUAUACGGCUGAUGUGGUACGCUGUGCUGUGGAGGGUCUGACCUGCGGGAUCUUCAUCUGCAUCUCCAUCGGUGGACUGCUGUUUCCGGAGUCCAGCUCGCCCAAACAGCGCAUGCAUAAAGUGGCGUUCCUGCUGACCGGGUUCGCUCUGGUAACGGCGGUGCUAAUCAGUCAAGUCUGAACCCUUAACACUGAUUUUACCAAGUGCUUGAUGAUCUGAGAGGAGUGUAUAGCGUGAUGUUAACAAACACACUAAUGCAAGCUUCCUGAAGCUUCUGAAUCAGUGAUUCAGAGCCGGCCUGCAUCAUAUUGGAAAAACAUGACUAUUUAUAUAUUGAAUAUUUAGAUGAAUUGCAAAUAUUAUUGCAAUUGUAAUAAUAAUGCAUCUAAGGCAGAUUGUAAUAUUGAAAUUGAAUAGAAAACAAAUAAAAUAUUUGAAUAUGCAGGUAUACGAUGCAUUAAAAACAUGAAAUGUAAUAAACAAGUUAAGGCGCUCCUAUUUGACCUCUUUUUAUAGAUGUAAGAUCAGUCUUUGGUGCCUCUAGAAUGUGUAUGUGUAAAGUUUCAGCUCAAAAUACCCAUCAGAUCAUUUAUGAUAUGCUGCUGAAUAUCUGGCUCUGAGGAUGUUGUAGCUGUUUUAUAGCCUGUCUCUUUAAAUGCAAAUGAGCUGGUUCUCCCCGCCCACCAUUUCCACACGUGUGUGUGUUUCUCCUGCAUUAUUUCAGAUAAACAGCAGUCAGUGAUAGAGACAGACUCAGAUGAAGCAGAGAUCCAGUUUAUGAGUCUGAAAUACUACAGUAAGGUUAUUUGAUGUGUUUGUUGUGGAGUUUAUUAAAGCCUUUCUGCAGUAGUGAGUCACACAAAUGCUGUUACAAUAUUCGCAGUACACACACUCGUUUGCUGACACUAUGCAGCUGUGCUGAUUCCAGUGGUUAUGAAUUACACGGCAGUUUGACUGUAUUUAUUACGCACAUGCGCUGUUUUAAAACUGUGUUAAAUGUGUGAAACUCAUUCCUGAGCUGCAGCUGAUCACAGCGAGCUGAACAGAUCUUUUAAUCCCAGUUUCUUUGCUAAUCCUGUUCUGUGCACGUUUAUACAUGUUACUAUGGAGACAGGUGAAUACACUCCUGUCAAUCAAUUCAGUGGGUGGGGAAAACCACACUCCUAUGUCACGUUGAGUGGGCCUUAAAAACACUGGGAUUUGGAUCCUAUUGUAACAUCAAGUAAAUUUGACAAUCCAUUAUGGAACAAACAGUAUAUAAGCCUUGUAUAAAUGUAUCAAAAACACAUAAUGCAGGCAUUUAAUUUUUAAUGAUAAUAGAUGAGAAGCUAAAUGCAUUUAUAGCUUAUAAUUUCAAUUUAAUGUUCCAAUAUUUGUUUGAAAAAAGCUCAUUUUAAUGCAUGAGUUUUUGUUGCAUUUACACAGUAUUGGCCAGCAGGUGUCGCUAGUAUAUGCCGUUUGGAACUGCUUCAAAACAGUGAACUAUUUAAAAAGUAAUGGGCUAUAUGCACACAGACUUUUCAUUUCAGCCAGGCAGCCCCAGCGCUGUCUUUCCAUUACAAAAUUGUCAUAUUUAGGAUCUGAUUUCUUUACAAAUCAGCAAUCUUCACUGCCUGUUAGAUAUAUGAUAUGAAGUGGGUCUCAGAUUGGACAAGAAGCACUUGUCUUUAAGAUAUGACUGUUUAUUUGACCCCAGUAUUUUCAAUGUAAUUUCUGCGCUAGCCUUUUGCUACUAAUGGCGCUAGCGGUUACAUUGGCCUUUCAUCGUGUUUUACGCUUAAACAGCUAAAUGAAUGCUUAAGUCUAUUUAACUGAAUGUAUUAUAAUUACAUUAUGACAUCGAUGCUGAAAAAACAACCUUGUGAAAUAGACAAUAGUCACGAUAAGCUUUCACCAGACGUUCAUCAUUGGCUUUAAAACUCCAGCUGUGCACAGAGCCCAUUGAUGAAGCUGUUUCGUGGCUUUGAAAGUGUUGUUUUUCUCAUCACUACACUCAACGAUUGUCUCAGGCUGUCAAUGUUUGCUAGCAUCUUGACGAAACUAAAUCAAGUUUGCUUCUCUUCCAGUUUCCAGUCUGUAGAAAUACAAAUAAAUAAAGCAAGUAUGCAUUUUAUUAUAAUCACAAUAAUAAAGGCCAAGAAGCAGAGCAGUCGAGUCGAGAGUGUUUUAUACUAUGUUGGUUUGAUCAAUGCUGCUUUACAUUAGUGCUGUAAUAGAGUACAAAAUAAAGUUUUGUAUUU